AUGGACAUUCCAUGGGGGUUUGAGAUAUUUCUCCUCCUUCUCAUGGUAGGUGCUUCUAUUGGUCUGUACCUCACGCGACGCAUGUGGCUUCCCAUUGUCCAGCACCCCUCAGAGAUUUACACACGACUGGGGUGGAGUGAAGGAAGCUCAUUCAGAGAUGAUCUCGAGUCGGGACUCACGUCGGACUAUUUCGAUCUCAACGAAAACAUUUCUGCGGGAGAUUCGAGAGCUGGUUUGGACCAGGUGUCCAAGAAGGCCAUCCAGAAGAUCAUGAAGAGAAACCCCGGCAUGACUUUUGACGAGGCCCGAGCCAAAUAUACAAAAGAGCGGUUUCGAGAUAACGGCAUUGGAGCCGAUGGUCGGCCCACCGACCCCAAGGCUGUCUUCUUCUCAUAG